AUGACGGUCGACGCCCGCUAUCGGGUCGACAAGAUCCUCGGCAAGGGCGCGUACGGCGUUGUCGCCGAAGGCCUGGAUCUGGUGACGGGAAAGAAGGUGGCGAUCAAGAAGCUGCUUGACCUGUUUGCGCAUCCGCUGUCGGCCAAGCGGUCGCUCCGCGAGCUCAAGAUUCACUCGUUCCUCAAGCAUCCGAACAUUCUGGAGGUGCACGACAUCAUGGUGGUCGACAAGACGGAGCAGACGACGUUCAACGAGAUCUAUCUUGUGGUCGACCUCAUGAAGGUCGAUCUGCACUUUAUCAUUUCGUCGGGCCAGCCGCUGACGCAGGACCACUACCGGUACUAUAUUUACCAGCUGGUCAAGGCACUCAAGUACCUGCACUCGGCCAACUGCAUGCACCGUGAUCUCAAGCCGGCCAACUGCCUCUCAAACGCCAAGUGCUUCCUUAAGGUCUGUGACUUUGGCCUCGCGCGGCAGCACAUGGCCAUCUCAUACGCGGCUGUCGUGGUGACCCGCUACUACCGGGCGCCCGAGCUCUUCCUUGACCCACUCAACUACAACGAGUCGAUCGACAUGUGGUCGGUCGGCAUGAUCCUCACCGAGUUUCUCUGCGGCAAGCCGUGGCUCCGCGGCAUCUCUGACUCACACCAGCUCAACCUCAUCCUCGACACCUUUGGCCCGCCGCCCGAGGACCUGGUCGCCAUGUACCGCUACCCGAAGGCCCAGGCCUACGUCCACGACUACGAGUACCCGGCCCCCCGCCCGCUCGCCGAGCACUUUCCCGAGGCCGAGCCCGAGCUCAUCGACCUGCUCGAGCGCAUGCUCGCUGUCGACUGGCGUGUCCGCAUCUCUGCCGCUGACGCCCUUGCCCAUCCGUUCUUUGCCAAGAUCCGCAAGCCGGCGUCAGAAAUCGUCGCCGACGCCGAGUUCCCCACCUUUGACUUUGAGCUCGCCGACGACCUCCCCAUUGACGUCAUCCGCGCCCUCAUCUACAACGAGACACUGCGGUUCCACCCCGAGGAGGGCACGUACGACCCCAAGCUCUACACCAACCACUUUGCCGAAGAGAUCCAGGGCUCCGAUGACUGGCAGAUCCUCACUGCCAUGGACGACUCGGACUGGAACACGCCGCACGCCUCGCAGCCUCUCCACCGCCAGAACUGCGAGCCGAACCGCCCACGAGUCCGCGACUGUGCUAUGGACCCAGAGCUGCAGCGCACGCUGGUGCAGGAGGCCGAGACGCCCGCUGGAGCAUACGACCCCGAGACACCGGGCGGGCCGCCUCUGCCGUCGCUCGCCGCGCCGCCGCCGGCCGAGUGCGUCCGCACUGUUCUGGCGCUUCGCGGAGGCGGAGAUGGAGACGAAGAAGAAGGUGUGGAUGCGGAGGCGGGAGGCGCGGAUCUGGUCCGCGGCAUGACGCUCAGCCCGCUCAUCUCGGCCGAGGAGGCCGAGGCGCUGAUGGCGUGGGGCGAGGCCGUCGGCAUCGCCGAGGAGCCGACCCGCCGCAAGGACAUCCGCUCGAACACGCGGCUGCGAUUCUACUCGCCACGGCUGGCGGACGAGCUGUACGCCCGUCUCGCGCCGCACCUCGAGCCGGAGAUCGUCGUCCCGGGCCCAGGCGAGCCGCCGCGGCCGUCGCUCGGGCGAGGCGGCGCCAUCGGUCAGGAUGGGACAUGGCGGCCGACCGGGCUCAAUCCACUGUUUCGACUGUGCAGAUACGAACCCGGCGCCCACUUUGCGCCGCACUACGACGGCCAGUUUGUGGUCGACGCCGAGACGGCCUCGUUCAAGACCUGCAUGCUGUACCUCAACGCCGUGGCCGACGGCGGCGCCACCAACUUUCUCGACGACAGCCUACCGCUCUUCCGCGACGAGGAGCGCCACAUCUACCGUGCACCCGAUGAGGCUGUGUACCUCACACUUUCGCCCACGUCUGGUUGCGCCAUCAUCUUUAACCACCACAUCAUGCACGAGGGUGAGCAGCUCGGACCGGAAGCCGGCCGCAAGUACAUCCUGCGGACUGAUGUCAUGUACGCCCGCGUCGCUGGCUCAAGCGCUGUUCGCGAUCCCGACAAGCGGCGAGCGCUCGAUCUUUUCAAUGCCGCAGGCAAUGCUGAGGAUGCAGGCGACAUGGCCGAGGCCAUGCGCUUGUAUCGCAUCGCUUUCAAGCUUGAUCCCGCUCUGGGGCACGCGUAG